CUCUGCAUGAUUUAUCGAGCGCCAACGCAACUCUCUGCACGCUGCCUCACCCGUUGGGCCCCAGCUGAUUUAGUCUCGCUAUCCGGACGAAUUACUUGCGACCACUGCCGCGUUUUUGGGGGGCUGGCUCCUUCAACCGCUACGACGGUCCAUCACGAGUGUACACCACAUUGUAACGAUACCGCAGAGUGCGCUCGACUCGAACCAGGGGUCCAGCUGCCAGUAUACGCUCGGUGACAUCCUGUCGACGGAAGCGACGGGCAGGCCGAAAGCUAUAUCAACAUUUCUUUUCUCCCCCCAUCGACGACGAGAAAUAGGGAGGGAAAUCAGGGUGAAACACUCUGCAGCUUCCUUUUACAGCCUUGUUUCGAUAUUCGAUAUCCAACCUGCCCAGCACAUAGCACCUAUACCUAUGCGACGACCGGGCGUCUUAUUGAGCAUAUCUACCGGUGGAUGACCUCAGGUCCGGAGACGGCGUAAUGGGGCCUAUUGGGAACAUCUCCCCCGGAGGGAGCAUCGCUCUAGGAAUCCUCGUUGGCCUGAUCUCGACUAGUGUUCAAAGUAUAGGCCUCACUUUGCAGCGAAAAUCACAUAUCCUCGAAGACGAAAAGGGGCCGCACGAUGUUCGCCGGCCGCCAUAUCGGAGAAGGAGGUGGCAGGUGGGCAUGGGCAUGUUUGUCAUUGCGAAUAUCCUAGGGAGCACCGUCCAGAUAUCGACGCUGCCGCUGCCCGUCCUCUCGACGCUCCAGGCCGCGGGGCUGGUGUUCAAUUCAAUAUGCGCGACGCUCAUUCUCAGCGAGCCGUUUACUCGGUGGUCCCUAUGCGGCACCCUGCUGGUCAGCGCUGGAGCAGUCUUGAUCGCCAUCUUUGGAGCCAUUCCAUCACCGGCCCACGAGCUGGAUGAGCUUUUGGAGUUGUUGGCCCGGAAGCCGUUUAUUGUUUGGAUGAUACUCCAGGCAUUAUUUGUCGUGUCGCUGGCUGUCGUUACAGACGUGACCACUCAUCUCUCCAACUUGUCGCACAACGCCAAAUUCCGCCUAAUACGUGGCAUAAGCUACGGUGUCAUCAGUGGAGACCUCUCAGCACACUCUUUAUUAUUUGCGAAAUCCGCCGUCGAGCUCCUCAUCAAGACAAUAGGCGGCAAGAACCAAUUUCUUCGCUGGCAAUCUUGGGCAAUCGUCCUUGGCCUUGUUUCUUUAGCUCUCUGCCAGCUUUACUAUUUGCAUCGCGGCCUGAAACUAGUUUCCACUUCCGUCUUAUAUCCUCUUGUUUUUUGCGUAUACAACAUCAUCGCCAUCCUGGAUGGCUUAAUUUACUUCAACCAGACGAGCCUCAUCUCAACACUUCGCGCCUGCCUCAUCACCGUAGGCACCAUCAUUCUUCUAUCAGGAGUCUUGGCCCUAUCCUGGCGGUUAAGUGACGAGCAGCAUGCUCCGGCAGUUGGUCAGUCUUCGUUGGCUCCUGGUCUUGGGCUCGUUGACGAUACGGAGGGUGAGGAAGAAUCACUAAUGGGCCCAGAAGCCGCCGCUGAGAUUGAAGACGAGCUGCCUUCUACGGCAUACCAAACAUUCCCCGUCAUACAUGGCGAUACCGCUCCUCUGACACCGACGCGCAAGAAGAGUUUGGGUUGGGUGGAGCGGGAUGAAAUCUGGGGAGAGUUACAAGACCAAGAUGAACCUACCACGCCUGCUGGGCGGCGCCGCUCGAUGACGCUUCCGAUGAGAACCGAAUCAACGCCGUUACUGCCGCCUGUAAAGAGGGUGAUGAGUGGCGUGAGCUUGACGGGCCAGCCGAGUUCUAGCGCAGAUCCCUCUCCUCGAAAGUUUGCCCGCCGACGGAGGAAGAGCACUGGGUUCCCAGGUUUGGUUGCGCGCCGAAAUCUUCGAAGGGACUCGGCCUUUUCAGAUACCCUUGGUGGCUUACUCUCGUUGAACUGGCUGAGGCGCCACAACAGAAGUACUUCUAUGGGCGAUACCAGCAUAGUAAACGAAAGCAGCCCGUCGCGUCAACGUUAUAGAGAUGACCCGGAAGAGGAAAGAGGUUCGGAUGGCAGGGCCAACGACUCAAAUGUAUGAGUCUACAAAAAGAAGAAGAGGAAGAGGAAGAAAAUGAGGGGAUACAAUAAAUUUGAUGUCGAUUUGAGAGGGACAUCUUUUAGACUAUUAAUCAUUGACUGAGAGCUGACGUGAAAGGAGGCGUGUUUUGGGCAUUCUGAUCUCCAGCUUGAAUUUUUCUUGGAGAUUGAGAGAGUCUAAAGACGGCUACUUUGUUUUAGUCCUCGAUUUCAUUUUAUUUCAUAUUAUACCACGAUGGGAAUCUAGUUUGUUCAUGGCGGGUUUGCAUUGCGAUAGAUGCUGGGAAGCAAAUUUGCAGGAGAAUAUUCAGGAGGCACUUUUCAUAUCCAUACUUUUUUUUUUCCCCUUACCCCGAAUCUUUUUUUUUGUUCUAGCGAGUUUUAAAUUACUCACGAUAUGUAUUUUUACUAGUUCUUUUUUAGGCAUCAAAACAUUUUUUAUUCUGGCAUGGGAGUGGCUGAUUUUCUAUUUUAUCAUGCUAAGGGUAAGAAAGAGCUUAGAAGCAGGGAUGAAAAGAGAAAGAAAGGUUCAUAUUA